AUGCACGACCCGUCGGAUCUGCGAGGCCUGGCGUCGGGCGCCUCGGCUCUCGGCGGAUCAGCGUAUCCUCUCUCUUCGCCUCUUCGAUCCACCUCGCCGUACAGAGCAGACCGACUCGCGGCGCCUUCCUCCACCCUUCCAUUGUUUGCGUCUCCAAUGCGAUCUGCGGCUGGCGACAGUCGCUUGCGAGCCUUUGGACAAGAAAACGAAUCGACGCAUUCCUUUCUUGAUAGCCACGGAGGCUUCUCGACGGCGUCCUGCUCAGCAGCGGGCUCUGCCGCUCGCGAAACCUUCAGGCGUGAAGUUGGACAGUUCUCUUUCUACAAAUCGCUUCUUCCACCUGGUUCGGCAGGGACGGUCGGUCGCGGCGUCGGGAAGAAAGGGCCUGGAGGUGUGCAGCAGCUGUUGGGGAAUGAGGAGGCGAAGCGCGAAAGCGUCAAAACCAUCAUUCGAUUUCUUUGCUACUCCGGAUUUCCGCAACAACUGUCGCCCAAGAUCUUCGUCGCGCCUCCCCGAAACCUGCUCGUGGAAAUUUGGAAUCACCUGUUGAGGAGAGCCUGUGACGACAGCGUGCAGGUGACGAACGAAAAUGCGAACGAGGAGGUGCCACGACUCUUCAAGGAGUUGGGAUAUCCCUUGACCAUCGCGAAGUCGUCGAUGCAGGCGCCGAACUCCGCGCACCAGUGGCCGCUGCAUCUGCAUGCGCUCUCAUGGCUCUGCGAACUGCUGAUCUACGAGUCCGAGGUUUUCAGCCGCGACCCGCUCUUGAAUCCUGCGAUCGAGAAGAAGGACGCUUUGUCUGCUGGCGCAGUCGUCGGCGAAGAGAUGAUAUCGCGCAUGCUCCUUCACUAUUACCCACAGUCCGGAAAUGGGCGCGACUUGACGCAUUUGCAGCAGUCUCUACAUUCGCGGCUGCAGAGAGACGUCGAGCAGCUGGAGAGUUCGAUCGCGUCUCGAGAGAGACAGCUAGCUCGUGCUCAACAGGAACUGCGAAGGAUUUCCGCCGAACUGGAGGCGAACGCUGCACUCCCUCCGGAGAUCGACCGCCUUUGCGGAGACCUCGAGAAGCUGAAGGACGGUAUCAAGCAGCAGAGGUCUGCGUCUGAGCAGCAGGAAAAGGAAAUCGACGCGAAGCAAAGUCGGCGGAACGCCCUGCAGUCGGAGAUUCGUCAAGUCGCUGCCGAGACGCAACAACUCGACGCUCAAGUGAAGGAGCAAGGGCUCAGCAAAGCAGAAGUGGAGAAAAUUCGUAGCGAAAUCCACGUCCUUCGAGAGAGAGUGGCUCUCCGCUCUAAGGACGUUGAAGGGCAACAGCUUCAGCUGGCCGGAGUCGAGGAUGAGAUCAAUCGUCGCGGCGAGGAGCUCCGCGUCACAACGAGGACGUGCAACAGCCUGUUGCAGCGAUGCAUGCAAGACACAGAGACCGCAAAAUUUGCGUCUGAUACCGCUUGGGCGUCGCUCAGCAGAUUUGCCACGAGUGCGACUCUCUCUGGAGACUCUUCCUCUUCGUUUGCUUCUUCACGUGGAUCCUCUGAGAGUCGCCGAAGCAGCAGUCGGCCGUGGGCUCCGCAGUCUCACUCUGAACCGGAGGCCAAAGGAAACGCAGACGAGCAUCUCGCCACACAUGAACAGCUGCUCGGUGUGCCCUGGAAGGCGUGGAAGGCAGAGCUCCUUCGCCUCGUGCAGAGCGACAAACAGGUCGACGCUCAGAGUCGCCGAACGGAUGAGAAGACUAUUGGGGAAAUCGAGAAGUUGAAAAAGGCGCGACAGCAGCUCGACAGUACGCGGCGAACGGAGGAGCGCAAGAUCUCAGUUCUGCAUGAAGACUUGCACAAGCUGGAGGAGCAGCGAGCACAGCAGAAACAAGUUCUUUCUUCGGAAAUUGAGACAUUGCAAAGAGGGGUGUCUGAACACCGUCUCGCGGUCGAGGCAGAGCUGUUGAAAGCCGAGCGUCAGGCGAACGACUUGCGCCUUCUCUACGAGAAGACCGAGAAGGAAAACGACGCCGAAGUCGCUGCGAGAAUCGACAACUUGAAGAAGAUCCAGCAAGACGGUCUCGCGGCGAAAAGGGAAGUCCUCCAUGCUCUCCAACAGCUCGUGCAGAACAAGGAGCACGCUUGCGUCGGAUACGAAAAAGAUCUCCUUGCAGUCGUUUCCCGAAGCGAAAAGUACACUCUCGGCUGCUAA